GUGAAGGGGCAGCGGGAGGCGGCGCCAUUUUGUGAGCGGGUGUUGUCGGCGCGGCCCCCCAGCACGGCCGGGCACCGCCGGAGCCGCUGCCUGCAGAAAGGAGGAACUGAAAAACUGGAGGUAUGCUUAAAACACAUAUGUCUUGAGAGGAGGAGAGACCAUUGUGCCAACAGCGUUCCUUCCGCCAAUUCUGAGGAAGAGGAAUAGUUUCUUCCUGUGCUCUAUUCCAGAUGCUUCAUGCUGAAAAUAGAGUAAGGCUCUCGGAGUGUCACGACGAAAUAAAAACUGAACGAUAUUCUAAAAGAAUGAAGUCAGCAGAAGGGACUUAUGAGAAACUCCCCAUGAAAAACCAAGGUAUUCAGGAGGAGGUGGAUGCUGAGAGAACAUCAAGUGAUUGGGUACCAGCAUAUGCCUCAGAUAAUCAAGGGCAACAUGAAAUGCAGAAGCAAGAGAAAAUGCUGACUGGUGUCUUGGGAUCAUCGAAUGAAGUUCUCCCAGAAAAUAAUCCAGUGCUUAGUCAGCCAGUUGAUUUAGAAACUGUGCAGAAUGUAAAUCCUCCGUUUGCAUCAAUAAAUGACUCUAAAGUUCAAGAAGAGAAAGACCCUUUUAUUACAAAUAAUGCCGGUGAAGAUAAUACUAAAAAAAGUAGUACAUCAUUAUCAAUAAAUAGAAAUGCAUCAGAUGAAGAUUUUUUUACAAGCAAAGAAUUUAUAGGACCUAUUUACAAACCUGCCAAAAGUAACAAACAGAAUGAAUCUCGCAGUUCCAAUGAAUGUAGAAGCAGUGGGGGAGAUGAGAAUGAAUUAAAUGAAAACAGACCUAAAAGAAAGGAGGCUAAGAAGGUGCAGGCUAUUUCUACUACUGUUCCAGAAAUAGAUGAUGAACUCGACCAGUUCUAUAAAGAAAUUCACCAGCUGGAAAGUGAAAAUUUAGAUACUAAUCCUCAGGAAAAAGAAACUGAAAUUUCUCAGGAUCAACAGUCUCCAUGUAACUGCAGUCAAAGCUCACAAGAGGAUUGUCAACACGUAUUGUUGGACAGCCCACAGCCAUCGUAUGAAAAUGGACAGAGUUUUCUUGGUGAACAGAACAGUCAGAAAACAAGCAAUGAGCAGCAGUUUGUUGUGGAAACAGAUGGCUGGAAAACUGAAAAUACCUCUAAUGGCCAAGUAGAUGCUAAGUAUUGGAACUGCUCAGUGCCUGAAUUCAGACCUGCUUGGCAGACUAGAGCAUCUUUCACAGUACCUCAGGGACCUCUUCUUCCUAGAUUCAACCCUCAGUCCCGUUUUCAGACACUUACGUCCCCACCACAAAUCCCAAAUGCUCUCCCUUUUCAGAAUGGGGAACUUUCUUAUGAAAAUCGUCAUAGAAAUACUGAUAUCAGCAAUCAUGGUGCAUUGCUUGAUCCAGAUACCAGCUAUGCUAGUCAUAGUGACAUCCAUACUACUCAGGUCUUCAGAAAUGAAAAUAAUGACCAGAAGGGACUCCAAAAUAAUGGUUUCUGUGAAACCACGGAAGAGUGUUGGAAGGAUCCAAAAGCUGACAAUACAGAAGGAAUGCACAGCUUUUCUUCCUUGCAGUUAUCUGAAGAAAGAUUUGGUUGUGCACAAAAAUUUCUUCUAAUCUUAAGAGGCUUACCUGGUUCAGGGAAAUCUACACUUUCUCGCAUUCUGCUUGGUCAGAGUUGUGAUGGCAUUGUACUCAGCACCGAUGAUUAUUUCCGUCAGCAGCAUGGAUACACAUAUAAUGCUGCUCAGCUUGGUGAUGCCCAUGACUGGAACCGGAAGAGAGCAAAGCAAGCAAUGGAGCAGGGAAGAUCUCCAGUUAUAAUAGACAACACUAAUACUCAAGCCUGGGAAAUGAAACCGUACGUGGAAGUGGCUCUAGAGAAAGGUUACAGAGUGGAAUUCCAUGAACCAGAUACUUGGUGGAAGUUUGAUCCUGAAGAAUUAGAAAAGAGGAAUAAACAUGGGGUCACUCGUGAGAAGAUUGCUCAGAUGUUGGAACGAUACGAAUAUCAAAUAUCUAUACCUAUUGUCAUGAAUUCAGUGGUACCUCCCCACAAAAACACUCAAAGACCACCUCUGCAGCGAAGACAUAGGUGGGGAGACAAUACAGACUCGUGGAAUUAUUUCAGUGUUUUCCAGUAGCCAAUAACACAGUUUCAGUCAGUUAAUAAGCAUCUGUUCCUUGCCCUUUUAAAACACAUCAUCACUUCCAAUAAAGUAGUGGAUCUUCUGUGUUUUAAAUAGGCCUAUUUCAAGACCAUUUUCUUCUGGAGGUUGUUCUUUUUAACGGACUUGCAUGUAAAUAGAAUUGUACAUUUAAUGUUUUUUAAAAUAUAUUUAUUCAAGUUGUAAGACCUUUGAUUUUAGUAAAAAUUUUAAUAUACAGUAUGACAUAUAGCAGAGUCUUCAUAAAUCUAAGACGAUGUUGUCAUAUAUCAGGUAACUGUUGAGCAGUUUUUUUUAAAGAAGGGAUCAUAUUAGAGGUCUUGUAAAAGAUAAUUAAAGCCUUGGAAGAAGAGGUUAUUGAUGUAAUAAUCCAUUUUAAUGAUUGUCGUUUAGUCUCCUUACUUUUUUGGAGAUUUUUUUGAAAACAGGUAUGUGCUGGAUUGUCCUUUAGUUCUGUUUGACAUAUAUUGCCAACUGGAAAAACUUAGGCAUGGAUUUUCUGGUUUCAGAGGUUUGAUUUUUUGGGUUGGUGGUUUUUUUUCUUUUUUUUCUUUUUUUUCUUUUUUUUUUUUUUUUUUUUUUUUUUUUUUUUUUUUUGUGGUCGGAGAAGCUCCUGUGGUAACUGCAGCAAUGUUCUGCCAGUACAGUAUUCACCAACCUUAAACUAUGCAACCUGAAUUAUUUUUUUAUUUGUUAUUGUUGGUAGUAUAUAACUAUGAUGGUAGCUGCACACUACCGUUUUCUUUUUUUUUGUGCUGACUAAAAAGAAAAAUAAAACCUUAGUUUUAUCGCUAAACCCCAAAAUUUCACAGCUGUGUCUUUCUAACUAAGUUGAUUUGUUUCAUUUGUGAUAAAAAUGAAAUAUAAAAGCAUUAGGUUGUCAAACCCCAGACCAGUUGGGAUGCAUUAAUUCAAUAUAAAUACUGGAUAUAACUGUAAAACCAUCUUGCGUUCCUAAUUUUGGCACAGUGAUUGUAAUCUGUUUAGCACAUAACAAAGAAUGAGCCAGUGUGGAGAGUGACUAAUUUACUGCCCUUUUUCUCUUAAAAAUGAUGAAUUUGUAAGUGUCUGCUUUUGCUUGGUUUUGAACAGCUUGCUGUAUUAAUAAAAUAUAUUUGUGUUCAGUGUUGUUGAA